AUGGGUGUGCUACAACCUGGUCGGCGCGAUUCGCGUGCAUCGGUCAUAUCCCAUCGAAAUUGGGGCUUUGACCGAGACCUGGACCGUUCCAUCCCGUCACAAUCGUUGGUGGAACACGCUAAUAUGGGUAGCUCGCCCGGCGGCAUGGAAGCGUCCAGCUAUAAUGGCUCAAGCUUACGAGCCCCCAGUCGCUCAUUUUAUCAUCGUUCAAUUAAUACAACAGACCCAGCCCAUUAUGCAUCAGAUGGCGUCCGCGAACAAACUGCCGAGCUUGCGACAUAUGGCCUCUCAUUGAAUAAGAAGCCCUCGCGGGGCCGAACCAGUCUACCACUUAGCUUGGAUCUUUUCCAAGAACGCCGCUUUCCCAACGUCUCUCAGAAUGAAAUUGCAAGCUCGUCUGACCCGGUGGCCGAGGAGGCGAUAGAAGAAUCAGAAAUCGCCCCAGAGCAAUCACCUGUGGUCUCGUCCGCCUUGACAGAUAUGAUCCGUCAACCGGAUCCGCGUUUCGAGGACGAUCAUACCAAGUCGAUCACCGAGAUUGAACCAUUUCCACCACUACCCACCAUCCACGAUGAGCCUGAACCCCGCGACACAGAACGAACCUCGUUGCUGUCGAAGACUCGAUCUAAGUCGCCUCAUCAUUAUGGGUCAUUGGAUGAUAUUGAGAAUCAAGGAGGCGUUGCAUCUCGGACCUCUAAUCCCCUGGCCAAGGGACUCGCUACUCUGGCUACUUACUCUCGGACGAUAGCCAACCCCAAGUCUUGGGAUCGUGGAGUAAUAUGGCGAGAGGGUGUAGUACAGCCGAUCAGCUUGCUUCCUGCGGUUUUACUUGGACUCUUGCUUAAUAUUUUGGAUGCAUUAUCCUAUGGAAUGAUUUUGUUCCCACUGGGGGAACCACUCUUUGCCGAUCUUGGCUGUGAUGGUAUAUCAAUGUUUUAUGUCAGUACUAUUAUCUCGCAGGUGGUAUUUUCCAGCGGGGGAUCUAUUUUCAAAGGGGGAAUUGGCAGUGAAAUGAUCGAAGUGGUGCCAUUUUUUCAUCAAAUGGCGUUCGCCAUCAUGAACCGGGUCGGUCAAGAUAAACCCCAGUCUGUUGUGGCCACGACAAUCCUUGCCUUUUCAGUCAGCUCGGUCCUGACUGGUCUGGUAUUCUUUUUGAUGGGAGUGUGUGGAUUGGGCUCAUUAAUUGGGUUCUUCCCACGUCAUAUCCUCAUCGGCUGCAUUGGUGGUGUUGGCUACUUCCUCCUUCAGACUGCCGUGGAGGUAUCUGCACGCCUCCCCGGAUCUCUCGAAUAUAAACUGCAAACUUUGGAGAAACUAUUUCGCGCUGAUACAGUUGCUCUGUGGGUAAUACCUCUGUCUCUCGCAAUUGGUCUGCUUGUUUUGAAGCGCUUCAUUCGAUCGAACUUUCUAGUCGGCGUUUAUUUUAUCGCUGUGGCAGCCGUGUUCUAUAUCGUUGUUCUCUGUGCUGGCGUGUCCAUGGAUACUCUGCAUCAGAAGGGGUGGGCUUUUAAUGCCCCUUCAUCCAAUUAUCCUUGGUAUCAUUUUUACAGCCUCUACGACUUUUCGGCAGUGAAUUGGACCGCCUUCGCUGAUACCCUCCCUGCCAUGUUCGCAUUAACCUUCUUUGGUGUUCUUCACGUACCUAUCAAUGUUCCUGCGCUGGGAAUCUCGACUGGAGAAGAUAAUCUCAAUGUUGAUCGAGAGCUAAUGGCUCAUGGCGUAACGAAUGCCCUUUCAGGAUUUGCAGGUAGCAUCCAGAAUUACCUUGUCUAUACCAACAGUCUCCUGUUCAUCGCCAGCGGUGGUACAUCUCGUCUCGCGGGUUUGAUGCUAGCAGCAGCCACAGCGGGUAUCUUAGUCGUGGGUCCUGUUAUCAUUGGAUAUAUCCCUGUGAUGGUUGUGGGCGCUUUGAUCUUCUUACUGGGUAUCGAAUUACUGGAGGAAGCAUUGGUGGAUACAUGGGGCAAACUCACCAGGCUUGAAUACCUCACUGUUGUUAUUAUUGUCGUGACCAUGGGCGCCUGGGACUUUGUUAUGGGAAUAUUGGUUGGUAUCAUUCUGGCCUGUGUCAACUUUGUGGUUCAGACUUCCCGCAAAUCUGCCAUCCGAGCAACCUUCUCUGGAGAGAUCGCUGGAUCAACUGUCCGUCGUCCACCGAUUCAGCAGCAAUUUCUGCACGAAGCUGGACAGCAAACUCUUAUCAUGAAGCUUGGCGGUUAUCUUUUCUUCGGGACAAUUGUCAAUGUGGAAAAUACCAUGCGUGCCUUGAUCCAGGACGAUGCAUUCAGCCGACAGCCCAUCCGAUUCUUGAUUCUGGACUUUUCUCGAGUCUACGGGUUGGACUUUUCUGCAGCCGAAGCCUUUACGCGUAUCAACCGUAUCCUUCGCAAGCGCAACGUUCAAACGACAAUCUCGGGUCUCAAUAUAGAAGGCGAUGUCGGUAAAAGUCUUCAGAACGUGGGUCUCUUCGAGCCGGAAUCGGGGGUUUCCAUAUUCGAAGAUCUCAACUCUGCUCUCGAGUUUUGCGAGAAUGACUACCUUAAGGUCUUCUACAAUCGCCAAAAAGCACUUCUCUGCAAGACAGGCGACACUACACCAUCGAAUAAUCUCCAAGUUCCUGUCCCCGUCCCAUCUCAUCCUCAUCCCAGCCUAUACGACAACGUCGUCAGCUCUCCACGAGGCCAGUACCUCCAGCGAGUUGCAACCACCACCAUCCGCGAACACGAAACCUCAAUGACCAAGAUGGCUGCUCCUGCAUGGUCCGCCAUGCGCCAACCUCUUCCUCUUCUUCUCCAAACCUUCCAAGGUCUCUCUAAUCAAAACGAAGACUUUUGGUUCCCCGCCUGCGCCUAUUUUUCCCGUGAGGUCUACCCAGCGGGCACAAUCCUAUACCACGAAGGCGAUGUUCCACGGGCCUUUUAUCUGCUCGAGUCUGGCAUGCUGCGCUGUGAAUAUGAUCUCCCGCAAGGUCGAUACUUCGAGCUAGUUGUAGCAGGUCGACCAUGUGGUGAGCUUCCUUUCUUCAGUGAGACCCGCCGUACAGCCACUGUGAAAGCCGAACAUGAAUGUGCUGCGUGGUGUUUGAGUGAUCAGAAAUGGAAAGCACUUCAAGAGGCAGAACCACGGGUUGCUCGUGAGUUGUUGACUGUCAGUUUGAAAUUAACGACCGAGCGAAUGGACAGUAUCACUUCAUACGUUUUGACGAUGGCAGCUUGA